AUGCCUCAAACCCGACUUCAAGGAGUUCGAAACGCAAGACUUCUUCGCUCUGGCAAGACAAUACCUGUCGUUCCGAGAAUCAACUCCCGCCGAAUCACUCCGCCUCUCCUGUCCUCGACUUCGAAGCAUUUGUCCCAAAAGGGACUACAUGAACCGUCUCAACUAUUAGCGAAGACAUUUAAAGAAAUCAUGGCAGAAUGUGACACAGAGUCGCCUCUGCAUCCAGACUGUUCGGACUGUUCGGACUGUUCGGACGACUUGGACAGCUUGGACAGCUCGAACAGCUCGGUCUGCGCAGCAAAAGAGGCUAGUAUCGUCGCCGCCGUUCAGGAUAUGGCAAAGCACAACACCAGAGCGCAGAGCUUAAGGGACAUGCCUUCUCUCGACUCCAAGGACGUGGGACUUCCCUCCGAUAGACUCUGGGACCAUGACGCAGCCUACGACCGGAGAUACUGUUACAAACAUGGGGAGUACGAGUAUCUAUUGGGUGCUAAGGACACAUGGAUGCGCCUAUGGAAUUUUGUCCCGACUAACGCCAAGAUUUGA